CAGACUCCAUCAUCAUCAUCAUCACACCACCCUCCCUUCCUCUCUUUAUCAAAACAAAUAUACACAACUAUAUAUACAACCGUUGCUUACAAUCAAUCACACACAAACCAAACACUCUCCUUUUUCUUCCUUUCCCAAAUUUAAUUUCCACCAAAUAAUAAUAAUAACAAUAAUAAUGUUGUAAACUUAACAUUUUUUACUACAACUCAUAUAAUAAAUUUAUUAUUCAAUUAUUUAUAUUAUCCAUCAUGCGAUUCUUGAUCUUUCUAUUGUUCGCCGCCGCAGUAGUAAACACCGAUGGUUUUCCGGCUAGGGUUUUGACGUUGGAAAGGGUUUUUCCGGCCAACAAAACGGUGGAGCUUCAAGUACUGAUUGCGCGUGACCGUGUUAGACACGCGCGUAUCUUGCAGAGGUUCUCCGGCGGCAUUGUUGACUUCAAUGUCGUCGGUACUUCCGAUCCUUAUUACGGCGGGUUGUAUUUUACCAAGGUGAAGUUGGGUUCUCCACCAAAAGAGUUCAAUGUUCAGAUUGAUACAGGAAGCGAUAUCUUAUGGGUUACUUGCAGUUCUUGUAGUGACUGUCCUCAAUCAAGUGGAUUCGGUAUCGAACUCAAUUUCUUUGAUGCCGGAAGCUCGUCAACAGCUAGUGCAGUAUCCUGUUCAGACUCGAUUUGCUCUUCAAUAGUUCAAACUGCGGAUGCAUCAUGUUCUGAAGAUAAGCAAUGUGGUUAUGAGUUUCAUUAUGGAGAUGGAAGUGGAACAUCUGGUCAUUAUGUUACGGACUUGCUGUAUUUUGACACAAUUGUGGGACCUUCCAUGAUUGCAAACUCUUCAGCUGCCAUUACGUUCGGGUGUAGCACCUAUCAAAUGGGUAGCUUAACGAAACCGGACAAGGCAAUUGAUGGGAUUUUUGGUUUUGGUCAACAUGGUCUUUCCGUCAUGUCACAACUUUCAUCAAGAGGGAUUACUCCGAAAGUAUUCUCACAUUGCUUAAAAGGAGAUGGAACGGGUGGUGGCAAACUCGUCCUUGGUGAGAUUUUGGACCCCACCAUGGUUUAUAGUCCCCUUGUCCCAUCACAGCCUCAUUACAAUCUGGAUCUACAGAGUAUUGCUGUCAACGGGCAGAUGUUGCCAAUCGACCCAGCUGUUUUUGCCACGUCAGAUAACAAAGGAACCAUUGUUGAUACUGGGACAACUUUGACAUACCUCGUUGAAGAAGCAUUCGAACCAUUUGUCAAUGCUAUAACUGGGGCUGUUUCGCAGUCGACAACCCCUGUCAUCGUGAAGGAAACUCAAUGUUAUUUGGUUAAAUCAAUCAUAACGGGGAUUUUCCCAGAGGUGUCCUUAAACUUUGCUGGCGGUGCAUCCAUGAUCCUUAAGCCGGAGAACUACCUUGUACCUGGGGAUCCCAUUGAUGGGGGUGUGCCAUGGUGUAUCGGCUUUCAGAAAGUUCAGAAUGGAGUAUCGAUUCUUGGAGAUCUUGUUCUUAAAGAUAAAAUAUUUGUUUAUGAUUUAUCAAAGAAACGAAUUGGAUGGACAGAUUAUGAUUGUUCAAAUGAUGUUAAUGUCUCGAUAACUACCAGCAAGGAUGAAUUUAGAAAUGCAGGAGAGUUGAAUGAAAGCAGUUCAUCAAGAACUACAUGUGUUCUUCUAGCUCUUCUGCUCCACGUAAUAUCAGUGACUCUUGGAUAUUCUCUAUGAUAAAAACCAAAUCCUUGAUCUAGAGGUACCAAAAAUUUCAACCACGUGUUUUUGUUGCAAACUGAACAUCGUUUUUAUACAAGGGCAAAAAAUGCUAUAGAUUGCAAGAUCAAACGAUUUUUGACAAACUGUGGAAAUGUAAAUAUAAAGAAGAAAAAAAGAAUAUCAUUCUUGGGCUUGUUCAAGAUUGUUCAUUUUUGCAAGGUUAAGUAUUAUUCUUGAGUAAAAAAAAUGAUUGUAUGUUUAUAUGAAAAGUCCAAUGGUCGAUGAAUAACUGAAAACUUCAUUCUUUUGGCACGCUGGUUGUGUUGAGUGAUGCAUAAAGCGAAUAAAUGGCUCUAUACCACAAAAGGAAAGAUGGAAACCAUUGCCUUGUUGUAAGAUAAGCUCGUGCCUUUUAAGUUUGAGUAGAAGUGCUAAAUUCGAGCUAGGAAAUUCAAAUUCCUGGUAACUGGUGAGAACUGCUUGAUAUGUAGAUUAGGGUUUUUGAUAAUUUUCUGUAAGUAGUUUUAGGAACAAUUUAUUAUGUAAUGCAAGUGUAUGGAUAUUUUUUUAUAUAUAAUUUUUGUUCUCAAGACUUGUUACAGCAACAAUAUGUGUGUAAAUUAGUUAUGAACUUGAAUAUACUAAAUCAAAUAUUAUGAAGCUAAA